CCUCCGCGUGUACAUUUUUUACAGCCUAAACCGGUAAAUAAUGGAGACAAAUCUCGCAGAACUCCGUAAGCAAUGUAUGACGAGUCUCUAUCUCUGCUCUGACAACAUCACCAAAUAUCUAGACGACGAGAAAGAAGAGGAAUUCGCGAAGCUGAAGUCUUAUGUGGAGGACUAUUGUAAGCUGGAAGCUCAAGAGGAUGUAGCCAAACAGGCUUUGGCGAAAGCGGAAGAAGAGACAGAUGCAUCAAACGUGGACUCCCUGCAAGACAAGUUUAGCCAGUACCUUAUAAGCUUGGCAAACAAGAGACUCAACGUAGCCAAGCACCCGUAUAUGGUGGAAAUGAACAAGCGGAUGCAGCGGGGCAUGAAGGAAACUAGGAAUAACUUGGAAGAAUCAGACUUAGCUAUUACUGAAUCCGACAAUAGAAUGAUCGAUCCAAUAACCAAGAAGCCUAUUGAAGACCCAGUUAGGAACAACCUGUGCAACCAUGUGUAUGAACGGGCCUCCAUCAUGCAGCUGCUGGGCGUGAACCGAAGGACCAGGUGUCCAGUGGUCGGUUGCGGCAACAAGCAGCCCGUGGAUCCUCACCAUCUGGUCUCUGACGAGGAGCUGCGGUUCCGCCUGAGCCUCGACGCGCACUCCACCAUGAUACACGGCGGCGACCCGCUCGCCUUAGACGACACCAUGUAG